AUGGGGAGGCAGCCGUGCUGCGACAAGGUGGGGCUGAAGAAAGGCCCGUGGACGGCGGAGGAGGACCAGAAGCUCGUCAGCUUCCUCCUCAGCAACGGCCAAUGCUGCUGGAGAGCCGUCCCCAAGCUCGCCGGGUUGCUCCGGUGCGGGAAGAGCUGCCGGCUGCGGUGGACCAACUACCUUCGGCCGGACCUCAAGCGCGGGCUGCUCUCCGACGAGGAGGAGAAGACGGUGAUCGACCUGCACGAGCAGCUCGGCAACAGGUGGUCCAAGAUCGCCUCCCACCUGCCCGGCCGGACCGACAACGAGAUCAAGAACCACUGGAACACGCACAUCAAGAAGAAGCUGAGGAAGAUGGGCAUCGACCCCGCCACCCACAAGCCCCUCCAGCCUGCUGCUGUUGCUACCUAUCAGCAUCCGCAGCGGCCUACCGGUGGUGAAUCGCCGGAGCAGAAGGUGCCGGCCGCGGCGGCCACGGGAAGUCAGUCAGGUGCCGAAGAGGACAUGUUCUGCCCCGACGAGGUGCCGACCAUGAUGCAACUUCUGGAUAACAUCAUCUUGCCAUGCGACGUCGUGGAACCGGCGCCGCUCGACAGCAGCUGCGGCACGGCUUCGUCACCAGCCGAGUCGUCCUCGUCCUCGUCGUCCGCCUCGGCGGCGUCGAGCGGCGGCGGCGGCUUCGAGGACAACUGGCUGCCGAAGAUCAUGGAGUGGCCGGUGGAGCCGAUGUUCAUGACGGGACUGGACGUCGACGUGGUCACCGGGCCGACGUCGGCGUGGGAGUUCGAGGACGCCUUCAACGCGUACCAGAGGAUCGCCCUGUUUGAUCACCAGGAGACAUGGGCUUGA